AUGAAGCUCAAGAACCUAACGUUGUUCGACAACAGGUUGAGCUGGAGCAUCCCCGCCGAGAUUGGAAUGCUGUCGGAGCUAGAAGCCCUCUGCGCCGGCGGCAACCAAGACAUCGACGGAGAGAUUCCCGCCGAAAUCGAAAACUGCCGGAAUCUGCAGGUUCUCGGGCUGGCCGACACCAAGAUCUCCGGCGGGCUUCCCCGCACCAUCGGGAGGCUUCAGAAGCUCCAAGUACUGUCGCUCUACACCACGAUGCUGUCAGGCAAGAUUCCCGCGGACAUCGGCAACUGCUCGGAGCUCGUGGAUGUGUACUUGUACGUGAACAGUCUGUCAGGGUCACUGCCGCCGGAGAUAGGAAAGCUGCAGAAGCUCCAGAAUCUGCUGGUGUGGCGGAAUAAUUUGGCGGGCUCCAUUCCGGAACAGAUUGGAAGCUGCAAGAGUUUGACAGUCCUUGAUCUCUCCUUGAACUUCUUCUCCGGCACUAUUCCCCAAUCAAUCGGGAAUCUAACCAAUCUCGAAGAAGUAAUGCUCAGCAGCAACAACAUCUCCGACUCCAUUCCUGCGGUUCUCUCCAGUGCUACUAGGCUGACUCAGUUCCAAAUCGACAACAAUCAGAUCUCCGGCUCCAUUCCGCCUGAGCUCGGGCUGUUGCAGCACCUGCAGAUCUUCUUCGCCUGGGAUAACAAGCUGGCGGGCAGCAUCCCGACGGCGCUGUCCAGCUGCCAGAGCCUCCAGGCGUUCGAUUUGUCGCGCAAUUCGCUCACGGGAAGCCUGCCUCCCGAUAACUUUCGGCGAAGAGGUGGAUUAGGGUCGAAUCCCACAAUCCCCAAAAAAUCAGCAUUUAUUCACGCUAUGUUCAACGGAUUUGAUGAACCGCAUCGAUCCGCCGACGAAGCAGAUAGAGAAAAUAAGGUGAUUUAUGGGGUUCCGGUGGCAACGUGGCUGAUGCAUUCCAAUCAGCCGUUGAAUGCUAUUUUAUUGACGGAGGUUUUGGGGAUUAGCGUGGUUGUGAGGGAGUGGGAGGCGAGGGAGGAGGUGGUGGGUGCUGCCAUGAUCAAGGAUGUGGUGGGAAGGUUGCUGUCAGCGGAGGAAGGAGUGGAGAUCAGGAAGAGGACGGAGAAGGUGAGCGUCGCCCUCAAGAAAUCAAUGGAGGAAGGCGGUGACUUAUGCAGAGAACUGGAUGAUUUUAUUGCCCAUAUUACUAGAUAG